GAGAGAUAGAGAGAUAGUGAGAGAGAGAGAGAGAGAGAGAGACAGAGAGAGAGACAGAGAGAGAGAGAGGGGAAGGAAACCCCACAUAAAGAGACAGAAGAGAGCCCUUCCUGGAACUCUCCAGUCCUCUCUGACUGCCGCCGCUCACUGAGGGAGAAAGACAGUAGUGUUUUAAAGAGGAACAGAGUACCUGGUUGUUAUUCUGCUGAGGGCUGAGACAAACAGAGGAGAAGAAGACAUGUCUGGUCAUUUACUAAGGAGAAACUCCAGCAAGGAAGGUCUGCAGAACCUGCUCAGGGUGACGGCCCAGCGCAGUAUUGAGGAUGCUGAGGAGAUAGAGCGGGAACGGAGACGAAGGGCCAGGGAGAGACAGGGAGACCAGGACCCCCACACCCACACUGGCCCAGCCAGCACCACCAGCCCCACACCGGACAAUAGGCUCCCGGAGCUAUAUCCAAUGUGUGAGAGUGAGCUGAAGGCUAGUGGCUGCCAGUUGGCUCUGGAGGAGGACGAGGGCUUCAGUGACUGGACCCAGAGGUUGGAGAAACGCAGACAGCGCCACCUGGAGGAACAGGAGUCCUCGGAGGACCAUCAGCCCCAGCAGCAGAAUCAACCCCAGAAUCACCCCCAGCCCCAGCAGCAUCACCCCCAGCAGCAUCACCCCCAGCAGCAUCACCCCCAGCAGCAGCUUCAACCCCAGCAGCAUCACCCCCAGCAGCAGCAGAAUCAGCCCCAGCAGCAUCAACCCAAGCAGCAGCAGCAGCCCCAGCUGCUCAGGCUAAACAGAGCCUCCCCAAUCAGGCCCUGCUUGAAGACACGUCCUGGACCUGGGCCCGAGGAGAGGGAGGAGAAGGAUGUAGAGUGGGAACGAAGAGCCAGCAACAAGACACAAGACACUUCAAGAAGAGUAACAGAUGACAAGGUCGUGGAGAAGAAGAAAUCUGAGCUGAAGAUCUCCUACACCUCUAAAGUCAUGAGACACGUCAACAGUAAUGGGGAAGCAGCUGGAGCAGAAGUGACCUCAUACCUCGUUGCAGGGAAACUGUCUCCAAGUCGUAGUGGCAGCUUGGGAGGGCAGAGACCGGAGGAGGUGGAUGGAGAGGUUCCCGGGGGGCAGCUGGAGACAGAGAAGACACCAGGCCAGGGACAGAGCACCCUGGAACAGCUGAAACAGAGACAGCAGGAGGACCAGGAGGAGAUGGAGGAGUUGAACCGCAGGAGAGAGGAGAAACGCAGAGCCAGGGAGGAGGAGGAGCACCAGAGAGAGAAAGAGGAGCAGCACAGACAGGAGCAGGAGGAGGAGGAGAGGAAGAGGGUGAAAGACGGGAUAGAGAGUAGGAGGAUGGCGGCUUCAGAGAGAAGGAUGAAGAACCUCAGUAUUUCCAGCAUUGAGGGAGACGAGUCCUUCAGCCCCUUCAGUCCCAUGAGCCCCACCUUCAAGAAUGACACCGAGGAGAGGAUGAUGUCUGAGAACACCGGCACGAUCAACGAGAGGACUGAGUCUCUGAACCGCUCUCUGCAGAAAAGCAACAGCAUCAAGAAGACCCAGCCUCCCAUCCCCAUCUCCAAGAUCGACAACAGGCUGGAACAGUACACUCAUGCCAUAGAGACGUCCUCUAUGGAAGCCAAAGCAGCCAGGCAGCAGGCUCUGGCGGACCUGCCCAGUCCCACUGAGCCUGUGGCCUCCAAGAAGAAUCUGUUUGAGGCCGGGGAAGCUUGGAGCCAGCCGCCCAGGGAAACACCUUCCAAGGAUACAGAGGGUCUGAAUGUAGGCGUGGCCGACCUCAUCCACCAAUGGGUGAAAGGGAACCCAGACGGAAGCUGCAAAAGCCUCUCCAAGCCAGCAGAGGUGAAGGCCGGUGAUGUUCUGAGCAAGAAGAACCUCUGGGAGAAUCUAGGAGACUCUUCCCCGUCUGGGAGAGCAGGGAAGGGAGCUUCCUCUGGUAAAAAGUACAAAUUUGUGAUGAUGGCUCAGGAGAGCAAGUAUGAGAAGGUUCAUCAUGUCGGUGAUGAUGAUUACAACGAGCACACAAACGGGAAAUCAAUCGGGCCUACGUAUCCUUCUGCUGCCUUCUAUUGA